AUGAGGCUGCUCUUGCUGGCGUGCCUCCGAGCGCAGACUGGCAACGCGACCACCGCGGCCAGGAUACAGAAUCAUCUUCAUGCUGCAGGUCAUGUCUGUGUUCUUAAAGAUGCUUUCAUGUAUGAAAGUCCAACUGAAAUAGCAAAUCUAACCUCCACAGAAAAGUUUGAUGCAGCCCUGGCCAUUCAUCUUUAUAAAGGAGGCAGACUUCUGCAAGGUAGCAGAAUUCCUUUUGGAAUCAUCUUUGGUGGGACAGAUAUAAAUGAAGAUAUCAGAUUUGAAGAGAAACAUCGGGUAAUGGGAGCAGUGCUAGGAGAAGCCAGGUUUGCAGUGGCUUUCACGGUGAAAAUGAAGGAACUGGCAGCAGCAGAGUGGCCAGAUGCUAGGAAGAAAAUAUAUGUCCAAACUCAAGGAAUUAAGACUACACCCAGUGAAACAUUUGACUGGUACAGAUUUCUACAAAAUGCAGACGUUCCUACAGAUACAGGCAGUUUACAUAUGUUUCUUUUGAUAUGCGGACUUCGAAGAGUCAAAGACCCUCUGUAUUUAAUAGAUGCAUUUUCAGAUUGGCACAGAAAGGAUCCCAGUGUCCAUCUGGGCAUAAUUGGACCUGCAGUUGAUCCACUUUUUACAAAUGAAGUUAAGGAAAAAGUUAAAAGGGCACCUGGAGUACAUUUAUUAAAGGAGAUGCCACAAGAUGACCUUCAUGCUGCUAUGAAAAGGUGCUUUGCUGUGGUGAACAGCUCCAUUUCAGAGGGGAUGUCUGCUGCAAUUCUGGAGGCAAUGGAUUUAGAUAUCCCAGUGCUGGCAAGGAACAUUCCUGGGAAUGCAGCGAUAAUAAACCAUAAGGAAACAGGACUGCUAUUUUCAGAUCCCCAGGAGUUUGUUGUGCUGUCCAAGAGUUUGAUGAAUGACCCCAUUAUGGAAAGAGAAAUUGUAGCAAGGGCCAAAGACUACGUGAAGAAACAUCAUUCAUGGGAAAGUGAAAGAAAAGCCUAUCAGAAUUUUGUCCUAAGAUUUCAGUGAAUUGCAAGAAAUACUACCGCUGA